AAACAAUUCAAAACAGAGCGCUUCCAAGGACCUUAAGAAGUACGGAUAAGGGAGAGCUCGAAACGUGCAAAGGAUUGCUCGGGAGAAAGGAAAUGGGAGGUAUUCAAGCCGGACUGCCGGACCCUCGCUCAGGGAACAUUAGGAAGGGAAAUGUUCCAGACCAAUAGGCCCAGAUGCUUCCCCGCCCCCAAUUAGGAGAUUGUGGGGUUCGCUCUCAGAGCAGAAAGGACGUGAGCAUUUAUCAAGCCUCGUUUUACGGACAGAAGGAGCCGGGAUUCAGACUAUCUCAAAGCAAGGUCUCUCGCCCUCAGACACAGAUCCGGGCCCCCGGCGGCAAGACGGUGACCAGCAGCCUUCUCGGCCGGAAGCCUUCGUUCCGUUACGCGGGAUUCUUAAGAGGGGACGCGAGGGGCCGGAGUGUUCGGGUCGGCCUCCUGCCCUUUAAGAAGACCCGCCCCUCAAGUAGGCACUCUCCCCCGAUUGGCCCGAAUCUGAUCCGGCGCAGCCAAACUUGACGCAUUUUUAGCCUUACGCUCCACCGACAGCCCGAAACCCCGCCCUCUUGUAACCAAUCCUUUAGCCGCUUUCCGGGGCUAUUUACAUGGUUCUGCCCCGCGCCCGAGACCGCUCCCAAUCCCAGAGCUCGCGGCCUCGCUUCCUUAGCAUGGGAGCGUGAGUUGGGGGCGGGGCCCCUUCCCUACCGGCGCUGGACCCGGGAGAGGCGGGGCGAGAGGCGGGGCCAAGGGCGGUUGAGAGUCCGAACCCGAAGAUCCAAGAAAGUUUGCUUGGGAGGUUCAGGGAGAACCCCCCCGGCGACGGCCGAGACGCCAGAAGGCUGUCGGCCAUGUCCCAGAGCCCCAAGCCACUCGUCCCAGGCUUCCUGCCAGGCAAUGGGAAGGUCUCCGCACAGCCCCAGCCAGGGGCCCUCCCCGGGCUGGUGCCAGUGAAGCAGGAGAAGGUGGAAGGCCCCAGGGCCGGCGGCCUGGAGAAAGGCCCCUCGGAGGAGGAGCCUGUGAAGAAGCGGGGUUGGCCCAAGGGCAAAAAGAGGAAGAAGAUUCUUCCCAACGGGCCGAAGGCUCCCGUCACGGGCUACGUUCGCUUCCUGAAUGAGCGGCGGGAGCAGAUCCGAACCUUGCACCCAGACCUGCCCUUCCCUGAGAUCACUAAGAUGCUGGGGGCCGAGUGGAGCAAGCUGCAACCCACGGACAAGCAGCGCUAUCUCGAUGAGGCGGAGAGGGAGAAACAGCAGUACAUGAAGGAGCUCCGGGAAUACCAGCAGUCCGAGGCCUACAAGAUGUGUGCCGAGAAGCUCCAGGAGAAGAAAGCCAAGAAAGAGGACGCAGGGGCUUCAGCCAUGAACACUCUCCUGAAUGGACACAGGGGCGGGGACUUUGACGGCUUCUCCACCUUCGAUGUCCCCAUCUUUACCGAGGAAUUCUUGGACCAGAACAAAGCCAGGGAAGCAGAGCUCCGGCGUCUGAGGAAGAUGAACGUGGCCUUUGAGGAGCAGAACGCGGUCCUUCAGCGUCACACUCAAAGCAUGAGCAGUGCCCGGGAGCGGCUGGAGCAGGAGGUUGCCAGGGAGGAGCGCCGGACCCUGGCCCUGCAGCAGCAGCUCCGAGCCGUCCGCCAGGCGCUUACGGCCAGCUUUGCUUCCUUGCCUGUGCCUGGCACUGGGGAAACCCCCACGCUUAGUACCCUGGACUUCUAUAUGGCCAAGCUACAUGGGGCCAUCGAGAGGGACCCCCUGCAGCAUGAGAAGCUCAUUGUGCGCAUCAAGGAGAUCCUGUCUCGGAUAGCCAGUGAGCACUUGUGAAUGGUGGCCAGAGGAAGGCCCCUGUGGAUCCAGAGCCAUCCUGGGGAAGAAUCAGUCCCAGCAAUCUAGUCCUUAUCCCCCUUUCUCCCAGAUCACUGGGCAGGGCUCAGCCUUGGGCCUCCCUGGACCUCCUCCAGGGCCUGCCCAGCCCCAGAGCUGAGUCAGAACCCAGGGCAAGAGGGAGGAGAGGUGCUUGAUGGGUUUUGGGGAGGCCUGUCCGUGCCUUCUUAGGGCCGGAGAUCCAGCCGCUGGAUCCUCCUGCCUCCUCCUGCCUUCUCUGGGGCUCAUGUCUCACCCCAUCAGCUCUUUUAAAUUUUUGUGGGGCAGGGUCAAGGGAGCAUGUGCCAUGGGUCAACCCCACAGUCCAGUGUAUGGGUGGUUUCCAUGACAGCCUCUGCGCACAGAUAGGCCCCACGGCAUGUGCAGCCAAUUCACACAGAGAGCCCAGCGCCCCCCAAACCUGACCCCGUGGGAGCCAGCUCCAUCUCUGGAGUCCCUCUGCUGCACUGUCUGUGUCUCUCACACUGGCUGACUCAGCUUGCCUCCCGAUAGCCCUCUGGCUCCCAGCUUGGUGUUGGGGGGAGGAGGGGGGAGAGUCUCUCUGGGGCCUGGGAUUUCCGGAAGCCUUAGUGGCUCCCUGAGAUCCUCAAAACCAAGUUCUUUCCUUGAACUUCCCCCCUCUGCAGUCUGCCCCUUGCCCACCCCUCUCCCAUGUAUAGGGAGCCAGACAGCUUCCCUCUACCACCCGCUGGCCUUCCUGGAAGCAGCAGCUAUGACUACAGUAAUCAACUUUUAAAAUAAAAAUCAACUCAGCUCCAA